AUGGGCCAGGAUGGCCAGGAAACUGCUGCCAGGGUAUCGGACCAACCCACAGAUAAAUCUGCAGCAAGCCCUAGUGGGGGAAAAACGUCCUCAGACAACGUGCUAAGCACUAUUUCUGAGAGACUGAACAUGAAGGAAAAGACGGAAAAGUCAGAUGCCAUUCGGCAAACCGUAGUGGCCCCUGAGCAGGUCCAGUACUACUUCCAGCUAGCCCAACACCAUGCAGUCUCCAUGCAACAACAACAGGGACAACAACAGAUCCCAGGUCAGGUCCCGCAACAGCAACAGGUGGCUGCUGCGGCAGCAGCGGCAGCCACAACGACAUCUCAGCCACAAGCGAUCAUCACAAGCAUGCCACAGCAAGUGGUCAGCAUGGCUACGACUCAAGCCCAGAUGAUUCAACAGCCACAAGCGCAGGAGCAGGGUGGGACGGAUCCACAGUAUGCCACGCAAAUCCAAUUCAACUCCGCUCAAAUGCAGUACUUGAGAUUACAACAAUUGCAAUUACAACAACAGCAGCAACAGCAAUCCACACAAGUAACCACGCAACAGGGUGACCAAACUCAACAGCAGCCAGCACAACAGACACAAGCGGCACAGCAACCCACAGAGUUCACAUUUACCUCUGGCGGCCAGAUAUAUCAAAUACAGCAACACCCACACUCUGGUGUGACCACGGCAGUCGCCAUAGCAACCGCACCCCAACAGCAGCAGCAACAACAACCGCAACAACAGCAAUUUAUACAGCAACAACAACAGCAGAAUCAAGAUCAAACAACACUAGCGACAACCGAGCAACAAGCUCAACAACAACAGCCUCAGUGAGGAUACAGAUCAGGUUAUCUGGUUGCACCAACACAUGCGCUCUGCACCUACUCGCUUACAGGCAACCUGUGCAUGACUAAAGAACGCUAACAUGAUAUCGCAGAUUGCAUUCACACAGAAAAACCUUGCGCUUUCACGGGAGGGAUUAUGGUCCCGAAUGUAGCCUUCUUUUGCUCCGCCACGGGAAACAACGCCUAUGGACCUUGUCAAAACUGACAAGCCUGGUCACAACCGACAAGUAAUAAACGCUAACACUUGGCUUUUUGGUCAAAGCCC